CCGGCGAGGAGGAAACAGGCGCCCGCCCACCACCACCCACCAGCACCCAGGUCGUCUACCACCAAACGGGGGGAGAGAGAGAGAGAAGGCGGCAGCAGCAGCCAGCCGCAAGAAAGCUCUGUCGCGUGAGGCAGGCCAUUAGUUAAAAAAAAAAGUAUCCCUCGCGUGCGACGAAGCCUCGAGACGCCGGGCCGAGGCGACGAGGCGGACAGCGAGAGGCGGACCGAGGGCGAGGAGAGAGAGAGAGAGAGAGGGUGCGUGUGUGCGGGGUGCGAACGGCCCGAAUCUCGCGAUCCCCAAAUCCGGAGGGCGUCGGAGCCGGCCGAUUCGGGCCGCUCCGGCCGCGGCGGCGGCGGCGGGGCUGCGAUUCGGGGGGAUUCGCCCGAUCGGGGAGCUCGCGGGCGGGGAUUCGAGCUCGCGAUUCGGGGGGCGAGCGAGGCGGGCGGGGUGUGGGAGGUGUGCCCGGGCGGGGCGGGGCGGUUGACCGGGGCUGUGUAGGUGGGGUGGGUGGAUGCUGUCCGUGCGGAGGCGGCAGGAGGAUGCUGGCGGCGCCGCCGGCAUGGCGGACCACGCCGAGCUGGAGGAGGGGGAGGCCUACGCCGACGACAUGCCCCCCUUCGACGACCCGGACGUCUCCCUCGCUUACAUUGAUGAAAAACUACAAAAUGUACUAGGCCAUUUUCAAAAGGACUUUGAAGGAGGCGUUUCUGCAGAGAAUCUAGGAUCAAAAUUUGGUGGAUAUGGCUCAUUUUUGCCAACCUACCAGCGUUCCCCCCUUCUGCCCCACACUAGAACUCCACCUAAGGUGGCAAAUGCUAGCUCAAGAUCUCCUUAUCACCAGUCUACUGAGGAUGUGUGUCAGAACCCUCCGGCUAUGGCCGUUCCAUCUGUUUCCCAGAAUAAUGGUUCUGUGGCUCCUUUUUCUGGUGAUUCAAUUAAAAAGGAAAGAUGCGAAAGCACAGCGUCUAAAAGGGGCUCUAGCACCCAUGAUCCUUCAAAUGGCCCAUCUAAGUCUAGCGACCAGAAUAGAUUUAAAGUACGGAUAAAAGUUGGUUCCGACAAUGUCUUGGCAAGAAAUAAUGCAGCUAUUUACAGUGGUUUGGGCCUUGACAUUUCUUCACCUUCAUCCGUGGAGGAAAGCCCUGAUGGGCACGGGGGCCUCUCCCCCGAAUUUAGCAAUGUGCAACUUGAAUCUCCCCGGACCAUUCUUCAGAUCAUGACAUGCUUUUCAGUUCCUGGAGGGUACUUGUUAUCCCCUCUUCAUGGCAGUUUGUUGCAACUGACAAAGAAGGUUGUGCCUUCAUUGAAGAAAUGGGAAACAAGCUUGGAGAUAGAAAAUGCACAGGAAGCAUAUGGAGGGCAUGUGGUUAAGAAAAUGAAGUCUGAUGGUAAGAAAAAGAAACCCACAGAUAUGAAGAGGUCAAGUAAUAGAAACGAUGUCAGUGCAUUUAUGAAAAAUGAGAUCGAUGUAGAAACACUUGCUGGCCAGAAGAUUGCAUCAGAAGCUCUCAGCAUACCGUCUAGUCCCAGAGGCAUGGAUGCAAACAGCAAUUGUCAAUUUGAAGAAGAAGCAACAGGAAAAUCUUUGGAAAGAAACAAAGAUGAUCGAUUGAAAGAAUGGGCUGUAAACAGCAACAGCAAGACAAUCACAGCUGAAACUGCCAAAGAGGAGACUACCGACUGUUUAGCAAGUGGUGGUUUUGGCAGCUCAGAAUUGGAACUUUCAGCAGCAAAGAGGGAGCUGAAACCUGUGACAGAAAAGACAGCGUUGACUUUAGAAGAGAUGAAUACAACCAGUGACACAGAUUUUCUGUUGGAUAGGAAACAUGAAAGAAAAAUAAAGCCUGAGAGUAAAAUCAAUCCUUCUGUCAUUAACUUUGAAGAAAACGCAGUUAUAGAUGAAAAAGCUCCUGCUGUUUGCAGAAGCAUGGAGAAGGUUACUAGCAAAGAGGCUUCACUUUAUGAUACAAAUGUGAAAAGUAACACCAAGAGUGAGGCCAAAAGAAUUCACAGGGAACAAAAGAAGAAUGCUCCAACAUCUUCUGAUCUUCUGGAUGUUGACAAGGGUGCUCGUUCUUCUGCUGGAGUUAAAGAGAGGAAAAACGAUUCUCACUCCAAAUCUAGCCACUCCGGGAAGAAACCCAAAGCAAAACCACAUAGAGAUGUCAGGGACAGUUUGCCUGACGGAUCCCAUGGAUCCAAAGAGCAGGAUAUAUUGGAGAAUGGGGUUGGAUUGGGAGAGUUGCAGCCAAAGGAAAAAUAUUGGAUCAAAAGGGAUUCUGAUAUGCUUGGGGCAUCAAAGAGGGAGAUUUCAUCUAGUGCAAAGCAUGACAGACAUAUAGCUUCUGAGGAGCAGAAGAUGCAUGUACCUCCAUCUUCUGUAUCGACUGCAAAUGCAGCUCCUGCACUUCAAGCACCUGUCGUGAUAGAGGAACAUUGGGUACAAUGUGACAUAUGUCAGAAAUG